GCUCCAUAAACAAUAAGCCAGCGGUUUUGUUUGAAUUUGCUCAGAAGUAAAAUGCUAAAAUGGCUCAAGCCCAAGAAUUAAAAGCAGUUGUCAAGGAGACAUUGGAAAAUAAUGGUGUCCUUGGAGAGAUCAAAGCAAGAGUCAGAGCUGAAGUCUUCCGAGCCUUGGAUGAUCCAAAUCAGAGGAAACCACCACUCAGCAAUGAAAACAUGCUCAUCAAUGAACUCAUCAGAGAGUAUCUAGAGUUCAACCACUACAAAUAUACAUCAUCAGUACUACUAUCAGAGUCUGGGCAGCCCACUACUCCCCUAGAUCGCCAGUUUUUGGCCACUGAGCUCAAUCUAGUAGAAGACAGAAAUACAUCUAGCAUACCUCUUCUGUAUGGGAUACUUUCACACUUCAUCCAUGGUCAAGGAAGAGGUUCUUCUGUGAGCCCCGCCCACCAGUCGUCAUCACACCAAUUUAGAUCGCUUCCUGUCAGGUCAGAUCGUCACAGGACAACAAGAUCAGAUGUUCCUCAUCAUUCUGAUGUGAGGGUAGGAGAGCCGUUCACAUUCAGCAACAAGACAAGAUGAUGUCAAGUCUCACCUAGUUUCAACUUUUGACAAAACUCUGUAUGCAUUGGUCUGAUUAAAGAAUUUACCAGUCCUUAUGCUGGAAGUUGUUUGUAUCAUAUUGUCAACAUGAAAUUGAAGACUUGAAACAGGAACUUUUCUUUCUUAUGUUUACAAUCCACUGCCUACUUUUCAUGAUGGUCAGUAUUACUUAAUGUCAUCUUGUAGCAAAAUUACAAUGUGUGGAUUGGUUUGUUGAUGAACUGAACACAGUUCUAGUUGUUGGAGCAAUUAAUAAUGUCGGAUUAUAGACAUGGAACAAGAAAGACUGGGAAUUCCUACGUGGAACAAA